AAAAAUCAAAUCGCACUUACGCUGACAUCGAAUAUCCAUUAUUCCCCGGUUCCUCCUUCCGCAACCCUCCGCCACCGCCAUUCUUCGUCGUCUCCUCCAAAUUCCUUAAUCCAGGUGCGAUUGAAGCAGAAAGAUGGGAGCUUUUAUAUCCAGGUUCUGGUUCAUGUUGUUCCCUGCAAAGGAGUACAAGAUUGUGGUGGUAGGGUUGGAUAAUGCUGGGAAAACGACGACCCUUUACAAACUCAAUCUCGGGGAGGUUGUCACCACGAACCCUACCGUCGGCAGCAACGUUGAAGAGCUUGUCUACAAGAACAUACGCUUUGAGGUCUGGGAUCUUGGCGGGCAAGAGAGACUCAGAACGUCAUGGGCAACAUAUUAUCGUGGAACUCAUGCUGUUAUCGUGGUGAUAGACAGCACUGAUAGAGCCAGGAUCACAAUUAUGAAGGAUGAACUCUUCAGGUUGCUUGGGCAUGAGGAUUUACAGAAUUCCGUUAUUCUUGUCUUUGCAAAUAAACAAGAUCUCAAAGAUGCAAUGACACCAGCUGAGAUCACUGAUGCCCUUUCUCUUCACAGCAUCAAAAAUCAUGAUUGGCACAUACAAGCCUGCUGUGCACUUACAGGAGAUGGGCUGUAUGAUGGUCUAGGGUGGAUCGCCCAGCAUGUUACUGGAAAAGCACAAAACUGAAAUGGGCAAAAUCAUUCAAAUUGCAGUUUAACCAUCCCAUAUUCAUGAAUUGAAGGAUGAGAGAAACCAAAGCAACUUUUGAGUACAACCUGGUGUACAAAAAGCUGUUUCUUACAAAUUUCUAGACUGUUUAUACAUUUCAAUUUUCUUGAAUGUCACUGUUUUGUUUUGCACAAUGAAACAUUUGACAAUGAAGAAAAAUGUUGCUA